AUGGGAUCAAAGUUUCACGCUUUUAUGUUCCCAUGGUUUGGUUUUGGUCACAUGACUGCAUUUCUGCAUCUGGCUAAUAAACUAGCUGAGAAAGGACACAAAAUCACCUUCUUGCUACCCAAGAAAGCUCUGAAGCAACUUGAACCUCUCAAUCUGUUCCCAAAUCGCAUCGUCUUUGACACUAUUACCGUUCCUUCUGUGGAAGGACUCCCUGCCGGAGCCGAGACAACCUCCGAUAUCCCGAUCUCCUUAGGGAGUUUCCUCGCUUCGGCUAUGGAUCGAACACGCAAUCAGGUCAAAGAAAGGGUUUCCAUGAGUAAACCGGAUCUCAUUUUCUUCGAUUUUGCUCAUUGGAUUCCGGAAAUAGCUAGAGAGUAUGGCGCCAAGAGUGUGAAUUUCGUAACGAUUUCUGCAGCAUGUGUAGCAAUCUCAUUUUCUCCGGGUCGUAGUCCAGAUGACUUAGCUGUUCCUCCGCCGGGAUAUCCUUCGUCCAAGGUGUUGCUUCGAGGGCAAGAAACCAAUUCCUUGUCGUUCCUCUCUUAUCCAUUUGGUGAUGGAACUACGUUUUACGAACGGAUCAUGACAGGGCUUACACACUGCGAUGUCAUUUCGAUAAGGACUUGCCAAGAAAUGGAAGGAAAAUUCUGCGAUUUCAUUGAAAGCCAAUUUCAAAGAAAAGUUCUCUUGACAGGUCCAAUGCUUCCUGAUCCGGACAAUAGUAAACCACUAGAUGAGCAACGGAGUCACUGGCUGAGACAAUUUGAACCAGAAUCAGUAGUAUAUUGUGCAUUGGGCAGCCAAAUCAUUCUUGAAAAGGAUCAGUUCCAAGAACUCUGUUUAGGAAUGGAGCUCACCGGUUUACCAUUUCUUGUUGCGGUCAAGCCACCAAAAGGCGCAUCGACAAUCCAAGAAGCCUUACCAAAAGGGUUCGAAGAGAGGGUUAAGGGACGUGGAGUUGUUUGGGGAGGAUGGGUGCAGCAACCAUUGAUAUUGGCUCAUCCAUCAAUAGGCUGCUUUGUGAGCCAUUGUGGCUUCGGGUCAAUGUGGGAGUCUCUUGUGAAUGACUGCCAAAUUGUUUUUAUUCCACAUUUGGGUGAACAAAUAUUCAACACCAGGCUGAUGAGCGAGGAACUCGAGGUCUCGGUGGAGGUUAAAAGAGAGGAAACAGGAUGGUUUUCGAAGGAGAGCUUGAGCGGUGCGAUCAGGUCUGUGAUGGACAAAGACAGCGAGCUAGGGAACCUAGUGAGGAGGAACCACGCCAAAUGGAAAGAGUCUAUUGUUAGUAGUGGACUAAUGAAUGGCUAUGUCAAUAACUUUAUAGAAGCAUUGGAGAAACUAGUCUAG